UCUGUUCCAGCCAUUGGCGCAUGAGUUUCUGAUUGAUCACAAGCACCUUCAUAAGCAAUACCACACUAGUGUACUGUACCAAAAUGUACUAUGUAUGUUUCAACGGUAUUUACAAAUGCAAACAGCUUGUGUGUUUACAGAGAGAUCAUGCGAUGUACAUUGAAUGCCAUCAAAAGCAUCUCAGAUCCCAUAACACAUCAUUAUGAAUGACUGAUGAAAUGUAUUUUGGUGCAUUUUAUGUGCAUGUAUGUGAGUGUGCUCUUGCAGAAAAGCCUAAGUGUGCCACCUUGCUUCAGUGCAGUGAAACGUAGUGACUAGAUCCAGUUUUGAUUUCAGGAAUUCAGGAUUGAGAAACCUCAGAAUGUAGCAGCAUGUCAAAUGCAGGACUGACGUGUCGAGAAAGUUCCCCGCAUGCAGUUCAACCUCCUGCACAAAACACAGCUGUUACGAUGUAAGCUGGAUCUUUUCCUGUCCCUGUAGUGUCGACAGACAGCAUGGGGCUGGACUUUGACGUCAAGACGUUCUGCCACAACCUGCGGGCAACUAAACCCCCCUACGAGUGCCCGGUGGAAAGCUGCCGUAAAGUUUACAAAAGCUACAGCGGUAUUGAGUACCACCUGUACCAUUACGACCACGAAAACCCACCUCCGCCCCAGAGCACCCCUCAGAAGAAGCGAAAAGGUCGACCUCCACGGGCUUCCUUGAUGGGGUCAGGCGAUGGCCCUGAUUCCAGUACUGGCUCUGGGAUUACCGGGCAAGGGACGAUGCCAGGUAGUCCGGCGGAGCACUCCGAACCCUCGCACUCACCCAUGCGAGAGACAAUGACCUACGGCGAGGCCCAGCGCAUGGUGGAAUUGGAGAUCCGCGGGCGAGUCCAUCGCAUCAGCAUCUUUGAAAACCUGGAUGUGCUCUCGGAGGAGGACAGUGGAGCUGAAGACAUCCCAUCCUCUGGAAUGGGCAGCUCAGCAGCAUGUAACGGGGGCGGCAGUGACGGUGGGGGGAUUGAUAAGGACAGACCGGACACUUCUGCAACCAAUGGGGAGAAAGGGCCUCAGAAAACAGGCAAACACAAGAGUAAAGAGAAGAAGAAGGACAGCAGCUCAUAUCAUCACGUGAACACGAGCGGGCCGGCCGUCAAGCUGCCUGAGGUGGUGUUCAGAGAACUGGAUCAGGACAGACCCGAUGCCCCACCUCGACCCACAUCUUACUACAGGUACAUUGAUAAGUCUGCUGAGGAGUUGGAUGAAGAGGUGGAGUACGAUAUCGAUGAGGAAGACUACAUCUGGCUGGACAUCAUGAACGACAGGCGUCGAGCUGAAGGUGUGGCACCCAUCCCACAGGAGGUGUUUGAGUAUCUGAUGGAUCGACUGGAGAAAGAGUCUUACUUUGAGAGCCACAACAAGGCUGACCCGAGCUCUCUGAUUGAUGAAGAUGCCGUGUGCUGUAUCUGUAACGAUGGCGAGUGUCAGAACAGUAAUGUCAUCCUGUUCUGUGACAUGUGUAAUCUGGCCGUGCAUCAGGAGUGUUACGGGGUUCCUUACAUCCCUGAGGGCCAGUGGCUGUGUCGACGCUGCCUGCAGUCACCCUCCAGAGCCGUGGACUGUGCCCUGUGCCCGAAUAAAGGUGGGGCUUUCAAACAGACCGAUGACGCCCGCUGGGCACAUGUAGUGUGUGCGCUCUGGAUCCCGGAGGUGUGUUUUGCAAAUACAGUCUUCCUGGAGCCCAUCGACAGCAUUGAGCACAUCCCACCCGCACGCUGGAAGCUCACUUGUUACAUCUGUAAACAGCGUGGCUCUGGCGCAUGUAUUCAGUGCCACAAAGCUAACUGCUACACCGCCUUCCACGUCACCUGUGCCCAACAGGCCGGUCUCUACAUGAAGAUGGAGCCCGUGCGAGAAACCGGCGCCAACGGGACUUCCUUCAGCGUACGCAAGACGGCCUACUGCGACAUCCACACCCCACCAGGCUCCGCCCGUCCACUGGGAGGAGUGGGAGGGGCCAGUAUGGGCUCCUCCCACAGUGAGGGUGAGGCAGAGGAUGAGGAUGAUGUACCAGUGGGUGAGGAGGAGGGAAAGGGGUGGAGCUCAGAGCGAGCGAAAAGAGCGAAAGCAAAGUCCCGUCUGAAGAUGAAAAGAGCGAGGAAAAUACUGGCUGAGAGGAGAGCGGCCGCACCGGUGGUGUCUGUGCCAUGUAUACCACCUCACAAGUUGAGUAAGAUCACCAGUAACCUGACGGUGCAGAGGAAGAGUCAGUUCAUGCAGAGACUACACAGCUACUGGACCUUAAAGAGACAGAGCCGCAAUGGCGUCCCUCUCCUGCGACGACUCCAGACACACCUACAGUCUCAACGCAAUGCCGAACCGCUCCCGACCGUGGCUGCAAGGGACAGUGAAGAGAAGCCUUCCAUGUUGAAGGAGCAGUUGAAAGCGUGGCAGCGGCUCAGACAUGACCUGGAGAGAGCUCGAUUGCUGGUGGAACUCAUCCGCAAGAGAGAGAAACUCAAGAGAGAGACUAUUAAGAUUCAGGAGCUGGCACUGGAGAUGCAGUUGACUCCAUUCCUGAUUUUGUUGCGCAGCACUCUGGAACAACUGCAGGAACGAGACACCAGUAACUUCUUCACUGAGCCUGUACCUUUAAGUGAGGUCCCAGAUUACCUGGACCACAUUGAGCGUCCGAUGGACUUCCAGACUAUGUGGAAUUGUUUAGAAUCACAUCGUUAUCUCAGCUUUGAAGCUUUCGAGUGCGACUUUCUGCUGAUCGUCAACAACUGUUUGAAGUACAACGCCAAAGACACCAUCUUCUACCGCGCUGCGCUACGAUUACGAGAAGCAGGUGGCGCUGUUUUACGGCAAGCUCGCAGGCAGGCUGAGAGGAUCGGUUUCGAUUACGAGACGGGCAUGCACCUCCCCCGAGAUCCGAGCCCAGAAUCACCUCGCGAACGAGAGAGACAGAGAGACAGAGAGAGAGAGAGAGCAGCAUCAAUGGCUGAAGACGAUCUGCUGCCGGAGACGCGGCGGCGUUUGCCUCUAGAGGAGCAGCUGCAGAUCCUGCAGGCGCGCUAUGAUGAGGUCAUGUCAGGCAAGCACAGCAUUGGUCAGUCCCGGCGAGCGAAAGCCUUGAAGAAGGAGAUGACGGUGAUUAAGCGGAAGAUGGCCCACCAGCGUGAGGGCAGCUGUGGGAUGGGCAACCACGAGUCGGGUGUGUCGCUGGAGCGCGGCUCAGUCCUCGCGCAUCACGCCUCAGCGAGCGCACGACACGAUGAGGGAGAGAGCAGCAGCCACGAGAUUGGUGGGAAAGAUCUAAGCACAUCCUCGUCUGUGCUGGCACCUGAGGUGGGCCGUCGUACUUCUGUCCUCUUCUCCAAGAAGAACCCUAAAGCUGCGGGGCCUCCCAAGCGCCCGGGUCGACCCCCCAAGAACAGAGAGGCCCUUCAUGGCCCAGGGGUGUUGAGCUCCAGUCCCGUGGGCCCACCGCAGGUGCCCUCCCUCACCUCGUCACGCAAAAGACCCCACAGUCCCCAGUCCAGCUCCAGUUCAGAGACCGACAGCGAAAACGAUCACCUGUUGUUGGAUCUUCACAGUAAUGGUUUUGGUGGCAGCAGUCAGCCGGUGACGGAGAGUUUUCUGGUGUACAGGAACGAGCGCAGUCUGCCGCGCUCCAGCUCCGAUUCUGAGUCCACCAGCAGCAGCAGCAGCAGCGCAGCAUCAGACAGAACCAGCACUCCCUCUAAACAGGGCCGUGGCAAAGCGUCGUUCUCUCGCUCUGCAUUUCAGGAGGACAGCAGUGAGGAGACGUCUGGAACAGAGAACGACUCCUACUCCAUGGGUGGAGGCCGAGGAGUUUCACACUUGGUUCGGGGCAGGGGCCGCUCUGGCUGCUGGAUGAGCUCAGAUGACUACAGUUCGCUGGACGCUCUCGAUCUGGUGUGGGCCAAGUGCAGAGGAUACCCAUCUUACCCCGCUCUGAUCAUUGAUCCUAAGAUGCCGAGAGAGGGUGUGUUCCACAGGGGUGUCCCAAUCCCUGUCCCACCGCUAGAGGUGCUCAAACUGGGAGAGCAGAUGACACAGGAGGCACGAGAACAUCUCUUCCUAGUGCUCUUCUUCGACAACAAGCGAACCUGGCAAUGGCUGCCGCGCUCCAAACUGGUUCCUCUCGGUGUCAAUCAGGAUUUGGAUAAGGAGAAGAUGCUGGAGGGUAGGAAGUCAAACAUCAGGAAAUCUGUUCAGGUGGCGUACCACCGUGCCAUGCAGCACCGCAACAAGGUCCAGGGCGACCCCAGCAGUGAUACCAGCGACAGUGACUGAACACACACAUGCGCCCACACACAUCCAACUGAAAGAACUACAGAAAGAGAUGCAUUUACACUGAAACAUAGCACAAAAUUACUUCCUUAAUCAGUAUUUUUUACCUUGUUCUCCAAUUAAAAUAUCUAAACAUCCUUAAAAUAAAAUAAUUUACUUUUAGAUGCAAAUUUGCAUAAGAUAUUACAUGUUUUUGUACUCCACUGCCAAUAUACAGUUGUGCUCAAAAGUUUGCAUACCCUGGCAGAAAUUGUGAAAUUUUGGCAUUGAUUUUGAAAAUAUGACUGAUCAUGCAAAAAAACUGUCUUUUAUUUAAGGAUAGUGAUCAUAUGAAGCCAUUUAUUAUCUUACUCAGUAUCUAGCCUGCUCAUUGCAUCCACAUGAGAGCUAACAAACUCAUUGACUAUUUAUACACAGACACUAAUUGCAAUUUAAAAAGCCACAGGUGUGGGGAAUUAACCUUUAAUUGCCAUUUAAACCUGUGUGUGUCACCUUGUGUGUCUGUAACAAGGCCAAACAUUCAAGGUUAUGUAAACUUUUGAUCAGGGCCGUUUGGGUGAUUUCAGUUACCAUUAUGAUUUAAAAAGGAGCCAAACAACUACGUGAUAAUAAAUGGCUUCAUAUGAUCAUUAUCUUUAAAUAAAAGACAGUUUUUUUGCAUGAU